UGGCCGCGCAGGGCUGAAGCGCCGCUGCCAUGUCCGAGUCUUAUUUCCGGGUGGAGUCGGGAGCGCUUGGGCCGGAGGAGAACUUUCUGUCCCUGGACGACAUCCUCAUGUCCCAGGAGAAGCUCCCGGUGCGCACCGAGACGGCCAUUCCUCGCCUCGGCUCGUUCUUCCUGGAGCGCAGCGGGGCUGCGGACCCCGACCAGGCGAUCCCGCAGGGCUCCAAACUGGAACUCCCCUUGUGGCUAGCCAAAGGGCUGUUUGACAACAAAAGGCGCAUCCUUUCCGUGGAGCUCCCCAAGAUCUACCAGGAGGGCUGGAGGACCGUGUUCAGCGCUGAUGCCAAUGUGGUGGACCUCCACAAACUGGGCCCACACUUCUAUGCGUUUGGCUCCCAGCUUCUGUAUUUUGACAGCCCAGAGAAUGGAGACAUUUCCCAGUCACUCCUGCAGACCUUCAUUGGACGCUUCCGCAGGAUCAUGGACUCCUCCCAGAAUGCUUAUAAUGAAGACACUUCGGGCUUGGUAGCCAGGCUGGAUGAGAUGGAGAGGGGCCUGUUUCAGACAGGCCAGAAAGGACUGAAUGACUUUCAGUGCUGGGAACGGGGCCAGGCCUCUCAGAUCACAGCUUCCAGCUUGGUUCAGACCUACCGGAAGAGAAAAUUCACUGAUAUGGACAACUGAGGAGAACUAUUCUUGUGGACUCGGCACACUAUCUCUUUGAUGUGAGCCUGACUGACCUGCUUCCGGCCCCAUGUGGUAACUUGUUUUCUGCUGCAGUCUUCAGAGUAGACUCACAUCUGGCUGGGGAAUGGGGUACUAGAGGCUGUGCCUAGUCAUAGGAGCCUCUCCCAAACUGCUCAGACCUAACUCAGGUUUCCUUACCCUCA